AUGGAUAUCGCAUACAAUCAACAUUCUCCUCACUCUCGACGUCAUAAUCGCUCUCCCUCCAAUCUCACACAUCUAACGCUGGCACCCCUAACCUCCAAACUGCCCCCUUCAAAAGACGAUUACUUCCCCGACCACAUUUCCUAUAUUGAAAAUCGCUCACAACCCACCACACCCUCAAUCCUCUCCCGCUCGUCUUCUCGAGUUUCGCUCCGCAAACCCGCCCCAAUUAAUAUCUCGAUCCCCAAAUCAAAAUCUAGUAUCCAUCUUACCGCUACUCCUCGCACACCACACAUACCCGGUCACCGCUCCGGCACAACCACACCUUCACGGCACUCACAUCUAAGAAAUACUAUUGCCCCAGAUAACCUCCAUAUCAGUACAUACAGCGAAAAAGACCGCAAUGAUUCCGAUUGGCUUCUGCGAGCCGGUGCCAUGAUAUCAUCCUCGACCCGCGAAUACAAAGGUCAAUCAUGGCUCGUUUCACGCGCAAGCUCUACAAGUUUACAAAGGGACGCGGAUGACGAUGCAUUUGAGCGGGAGCUCGCUCGAGAACGAGAACACAACAGCAGGAGGGGGAGCAGGAGGGGAAGUUUCGAUGCAGAUGAUGAGUUCUCACCACUUACAACGAGGCGAAGUUUGAGUUUUGGACCUGCCACAGGAGCAUUGAGUAGACCAAUGAGUGGAUAUGGCAGUCGAGCGAACAGCAGGAGAGGCAGUAGAGCAGCGUUGGUUACGUCAAUGACGGCAGAUAAAGACGCAGGAUAUUUUGAUUCGGAAUUUGCACAUGAAGAAUACCCCGCGGAGCCAGACUUCGUAGAUGUGGAAGAAGAGGGAUUCGAAAGUGGUGCUGAGGCAAGGAAAGACGAAGCAAUGGUCAAGAAAUUGGCUAGAGCAAGUAGACUGGGACUUGGGGGGUGGGUCGAGAGUCUACUUGGGUGGAGUUUAUUUGCUGUCGAAGAAGAUGGAGAAGAAACUGAAUUCGAUACACCAGAUGAAAAGGGAGAGGAAUCACCACUAUCGUCACGACCGUCACGGCAUAUGCUCGAUGGGCUGGGCGAUACGCCGGUUGAAGAACAGAUGCCACCACUCAAUCCAAACGAAGCGGAUGGGUGGCACGAUGCGGCUUGGCUUUUGAGUGUUGCAUCAAAAGUACUGCUAUGA